AUGUCGCCCCAAGACAUCGACCUGGUCAUCCAUGCCACAUCCACGCCGGACGACCUCUUCGGAACUGGCCCACAGGUGGCAUCGAUGCUUGGUGCUGACAAGGCGGUAGCCUUCGAUCUGACGGCAGCCUGUUCAGGCUUUGUUUUCGCACUGACUACUGCAGCGCAGUACGUGCGCUCGGGCUCCUUUAAAAAUGCGGUCGUCAUCGGCGCGGACUGCUUAUCCCGCUGGGUCGACUGGUCUGACCGGAAUACCUGCGUCCUCUUUGGCGACGGUGCCGGCGCCGUAGUUAUCACCGCAACGGACGCAGAGAAGGAUGCCAGGAUCCAAGCUUUGUUUCUCGGGCCGAUGAAGCGCGGCCUCCCAAAACAAUGCGUCUCAAGAUUGGAGAAGGGACAAGGGCACAUCAACUCGUAUACCUUCCGACGUAGCCUAGCAAGCCCACCACGCCUCUUGGGGAAAGGAAAACUGCAACAUGAACCGUGA